AUGGUCACCGUACGAGUGAAAUCACGAUUUUUCAGUAUCAACAGAACUCAGGAUCAUAUACGUCAAGAUGAGUUUUAUGCGAACGUGGAUGCUCUAAACGAACCGCUAAAAACAAGCGCUAUUCGAAUUGCUUGGAUCGGUCUUGUUGAACUUCUUUUGUCUGGGGUCGUCGAACUCGAUGCAACGAAAAAGCAGGACUGUUUAGAAUUGGAUUAUAACAAUGGAGUUGUAUUGACAAUUACAAAACACGUGCCUACUCAGAAGGGAAAUUGUGGGUUACUCCUCUAUGGCCCAUAUCUCCACGAAGCUAGUUUCAGGGCCUCCACACGGCGUAAGACGAGGAAAACAAUACGUCACGCCCGUGUGAGGAGGCUCUGGAGAAUAUUAUACAGGUCUCUCUAUGAAUUGACGAGGCAGAAAGAGCAGACAGAGCAGACUUCCCUCUCAGACAAAAGUGAUCUGAGGGAAGUCUAUUGCAAACUGAAACAUUAUGAAGCAUGGCCACCACGGUGGGCCUGCAACGGCACGGAUGAAGGUGGAGUGAGUGGGAGAACCCGACGACCAACCAGAAUAAUUCUUAAUGGCUAG